UAAAGAAACACAAACUUGGGUCAAAUUAACAAAAUGGCCGCAUACACUGUUGCCCUUUUUAGAGCUUGCUCACAGUGUAAACGGAUAUUAAAGCCAGUGUCAGCUGCAAUUGAUAAAAGCCAUGUUUCGAAAUUAUGGUCAGUACUUGAAGGUUCAAAAAGAUUGCUGACAACAGCACCGCCCCAGUCCACAGAUAAAAUUGAAGACAAGUCUGAGUAUCCAGUUGACUUUGAGAUCUCCUAUGAUGAGUUCAAACAUGUGCUACCACUUCUUCCAAUAGAAACUGUUCCAGGAGUUCCAAACCACCCAUCUUAUCCAACACCAUCUGGCUGGUUUCCACCAAACUUGGAAUUGAGGUCAAAGCAAAAAUACUUAGUUCGUCGAACAAAAAAUCACAUGCUUCCUGUUUAUCCUGGAACAACACACAAACGAAUUGAACAUAUAAAAACAGUGCAGCAUUAUGUUCAUAUAAAAAAAAUAGAAGGAGAUAUAUGGGCACUUGAAGCUGAUUUAAGAUUACAUUUGCAACAAAAGACUGGACUUCCGAAGAUUAAAACUCAAGUUCAUGAAGUUGGAAGAUUCAUAAGAGUUCGUGGCAUGUACGCAGAUGAAGUAGCUAGUUUUUUGUUUGGGCGUGGCAUGUGAUGAAGUAGAUGUCAACUAAUAUGUUAUGUAAUCAAAUUGUACAUCUCUAAUUUAUGUGUUUUUUUAAUUGCUUGAGAAGAAGGAAAUAUAACAUUGUACCUGACUCUUUGAA